AUGUCCAAGUGGAGCAAGAAGAACCGCGCGCCCGCGGGCUACGAGUACAUCCAGCCGGUGAUGGACGCGCUGGAGAGCGAGCUGCGCGAGCGCAUGAACGAGCCGCACGAGGGCAAGCGGCAGUGCGAGGCGCUGUGGCCCGUGCACCAGAUCAACUGGCAGCGCAGCCGCUACGUGUACGACCUGUUCUACAAGUACAAGCGCAUCUCGCGCGACGUGUACGACUACUGCGUGCGACGCAAGCUCGUGGACGCCAACCUCAUCGCCAAGUGGAAGAAGCCCGGCUACGAGCGGCUCUGCAGCACGUUCGCCAUCAACACCAAGAACUACAACUACGGCACCGUCAGCAUCUGCCGCGUGCCGAGGCAGCAGCUCUCGGAGGGGCAGGUGGUGCAGGAGAAGCACAGCGGCUGCAGGGGCUGCGCGUCCGGACCUGGCGGCUACCACAACAUCUUCGGCAACAAGUACGGGCAGUACCUGGCCCGCAUCCAGAUCGCGCGCGAGGAGGCGGCCAAGAAGAAGAAGCAGAAGGAGCAGGGGGCGGAGGAGGCUCAAGCGCAGGAAGAGGAGUAUGAGAGCGACGCGGAGGACAAGAAGAGGAAGAGGGACGAACCGGCUAAGGAGAGCGACAGCAGCUCCUCGAGUGAUGAGGACGAAGAGACGAAGGAGUCGGAGGCGCCCUCCAAGAAGAAGCAGAAGGCGGACGACUAA